AUGACUGACAUGCAUUUCAUGUAUGGUCUUGCCGAUGGAAAUUCGUUACGGGCUAGGCGAUUGUACAUUGAACGAUUUCCCAAUCGUAAUGUUCCUAAUAGAAAAACCUUCGAAAGAAUUCAUCAACGUCUUCGAGAAACAGGUUCAUUGAAAAAACGUGGAGGAGUAGGAAGACAAGUGACAGUAAGAAUAGCAGAUUUUGAAGAAAAUGUGCUGAACAUGAUAGAAGAAAAUCCAAAUACAUCUACAAGAAAAAUUAGAAAUGCUUUGAAUGUUAGUCAUAAUACUAUGUGGAAGAUUUUGAAGUACAAUUUGUUGUACCCACACCACAUACAACGUGUUCAGGCACUUCUUCCUAAUGAUUUUCAUCAAGUUCAUAAUAACCAUGUAUGGGCUGAAGAAAAUCCACAUGAAGUAUGUGAAGAUCGUUUUCAACAUCAGUUUUCGUUGAACGUUUGGAUUGGAAUUGUGGGUGACUGGCUGAUUAGACCGGUAUUUCUACCAGAAAGACUUACAGGCGCGGUUUAUCGAAACUUUUUGGAAGAAUCGCUACCUGAACUCCUAGAGGAUGUACCAUUAGCAACCAGAAAUGCAAUGUGGUUUAUGCACGAUGGUGCACCAGCGCAUUUUAGUAGGAUUGCUCGGGAGUUUUUAACGGCAACAUAUGGAGAUCGCUGGAUUGGUCGGGGUGGAUCUCACUUGUGGCCUGCUCGAUCCCCAGACUUAAACCCUCUGGAUUAUUUUCUAUGGGGUUAUCUAAAGUCAUUAGUUUACACUACUCCAGUGGAAAAUGUGGAAGAUUUGAGAAAUCGUAUAAAUGAUGGAUGCAAAUAA